AUAUAUCUCUCUCUGUUCUUGUUCCUCUUCUUUUGACAUAAAUAAUGCUGUUCACACCUCCACAUUAUCCAAGCCGAUCAUCUUGUCUCUUUUCCCGGGGGCUGCAGAUUCGAUCGAAUAAGCGCAGAACUGAGCUUCCUGGUGGCUUUCCUCUCCGGCCUCAAUAACAAGGGUUUCGACAAGAAAGAAGAAAUUGUACUCAAAAGUAAUGAGCUUCUUGAAUGGCUCACCGCACCGCCGGCGCAACAACGAUUUGGAGGCCGGGGAAAGCCGCUCCAACGGAGUUUCAGCAGCCGAAGACGACGAGGAGUCAUCGGGUCCUUUCGAUAUUACCAGCACUAAGAAUGCCUCUGUGGAGCGUCUCCGUCGGUGGAGGCAAGCGGCGCUUGUGCUAAAUGCUUCUCGUCGAUUUCGUUACACCUUGGACUUGGAAAGGGAAGAAGAGAGGAAGCAAAGGAUAGGGACUAUUAGAGCACAUAUCCAAGCCAUACGAGCUGCAUAUGUUUUCAAGGAUGCUGGGAAUCCAAAAAAUGGAACGUUGGAACUACGUCCAACUCCUAGUGGCAAUUUUGGAAUUGGACAAGAACAGAUUACUUUAAUGUCAAGGGAUCACAAUGUUUCAGCUUUGGAGAUCUAUGGAGGGGUUAAAGGGCUAGUGGAUUUGUUAAAAACAAAUUUAGAGAAAGGGGUUCAAGGAGAUGAUACUGAUUUAGUGAAAAGGAGGGAUGCAUUUGGAUCAAACACAUAUCCUCGGAAAAAAGGGAGGAGUUUUUGGAUGUUUCUUUGGGAUGCUUGGCAAGACCUCACAUUAAUCAUAUUGAUGAUAGCUGCAGUGGCCUCUUUGGCACUGGGUAUAAAGACUGAGGGUAUUAAAGAAGGAUGGUAUGAUGGAGGGAGCAUUGCUUUUGCAGUUAUUCUUGUUAUUGUUGUUACAGCUAUAAGUGAUUAUAGACAAUCUCUUCAGUUCGAGAAUUUAAAUGAGGAGAAGCGAAAUAUCCAUUUGGAGGUUAUUAGAGGUGGCAGAAGAAUUCAGAUAUCGAUAUAUGACGUUGUAGUUGGUGAUGUUGUGCCUCUCAACAUUGGUGAUCAGGUCCCUGCCGAUGGUGUAUUAAUAUCUGCUCACUCUCUUGCUGUUGAUGAAUCGAGUAUGACUGGAGAGAGUAAAAUUGUUCACAAGGAUUCCAAAGAUCCAUUUCUAAUGUCUGGCUGCAAAAUCGCUGAUGGUAGUGGCAUCAUGCUGGUAACUAGUGUUGGGAUCAAUACUGAGUGGGGAUUGCUCAUGGCUACUAUUUCAGAAGACACUGGUGAAGAGACGCCGUUGCAGGUACGCCUAAAUGGGGUUGCGACUUUCAUUGGAAUGGUUGGACUUUCAGUAGCUAUCGCCGUCUUGGUUGUCCUUUUGGCAAGAUAUUUUACCGGCCAUACCAAAAACCCAGAUGGAAGUGUGCAGUUUCAAGCUGGCAAAACUAAAGUUAGUGGUGUGGUAGAUGAUGCCGUUAAAAUUGUCACUGUUGCGGUCAUAAUCGUCGUAGUUGCUGUGCCUGAAGGGCUUCCUCUAGCCGUUACUUUGACCCUUGCCUACUCUAUGAGAAAAAUGAUGGCAGAUAAGGCCUUGGUGCGAAGGCUUUCUGCAUGUGAGACCAUGGGAUCUGCCACAACCAUAUGCAGUGAUAAGACUGGAACAUUAACUUUGAAUCAGAUGACUGUGGUUAAGGCUUAUGUUGGUGAGAAAAAAGUUGAUCCUCCUCAGGACAAGUCAGAGUUGUCUCCCAUGGUAUAUUCUCUACUUAUUGAAGGCAUUGCACAGAACACAAAUGGUGGUGUGUAUGAGUCUGAGGGUGGUGUAAAUGUGGAGGUUUCUGGAUCACCAACAGAAAAGGCCAUUCUUUCUUGGGGAGUUAAGCUGGGGAUGAAUUUUGAGGCCAUCAGAUCUGAAUCUUCCGUUAUUCAUGUCUUCCCCUUCAACUCAGAGAAAAAACAAGGUGGCGCUGCAGUGCUACUGCCUGAUGGUAACGUUCAUAUUCAUUGGAAAGGGGCUGCUGAAAUAGUUUUAGAAUCAUGCACGCAGUAUAUUGACGCAACUGAUAAGUUGGUAGCAAUGGAUGAAGAUAAGGUGCUAUUUUUUAAGAAAGCUAUUGAAAACAUGGCAGCUAGUAGUUUGCGCUGUGUUGCAAUUGCAUAUAGAUCAUGUGAAGUGGAAAAGGUUCCAUCUAAUGAAGAGCAACUAGCUCAGUGGGCAUUACCUGCGGAUGACCUUGUAUUGCUGGCUAUUGUGGGUAUAAAGGAUCCUUGUCGACCCGGGGUCAAAGAUGCUGUGCGACUAUGCCAAAAUGCCGGUGUUAAGGUGCGCAUGGUCACUGGCGACAAUCUUCAAACUGCGAAAGCAAUAGCGUUGGAAUGUGGAUUACUGGGUUCUGAUGCAGAUGCUACUGAGCCAAAUCUCAUUGAAGGAAAGACAUUUCGUGCCUUAUCAGAUAUUGACAGAGAAAAAAUUGCAGACCAGAUAUCUGUGAUGGGGCGGUCUUCUCCCAAUGACAAGCUUUUGCUUGUGCAAGCAUUGAAAAAGAGAGGACAUGUUGUUGCUGUAACUGGGGAUGGCACGAAUGAUGCUCCUGCUCUGCAUGAGGCAGACAUUGGUCUUGCAAUGGGUAUUUCAGGGACCGAGGUUGCUAAAGAGAGCUCAGAUAUCAUUAUCUUGGACGACAAUUUUGCUUCUGUUGUGAAGGUUGUGAGAUGGGGCCGAUCUGUAUAUGCAAAUAUUCAAAAAUUCAUUCAGUUCCAACUUACAGUGAAUGUAGCAGCUCUGGUUAUAAAUGUUGUGGCAGCUAUUUCCUCCGGUGAUGUCCCACUAAAUGCUGUGCAGCUCCUCUGGGUUAAUCUUAUUAUGGAUACUCUUGGAGCUCUAGCAUUGGCUACUGAACCACCAACUGAUCACCUGAUGCUUAGGGAACCAGUUGGUCGAAGAGAACCUCUUGUAACAAAUAUCAUGUGGAGGAACUUGCUAAUACAGGCUCUAUAUCAAGUAAGCGUCCUUCUUGUACUUAAUUUCCGAGGUAGGACUUUACUGAAUUUGGAGGAUUAUACGAGCGAACAUGCCAACAAAGUGAAGAAUACUUUGAUAUUCAAUUCCUUUGUCCUUUGUCAGAUUUUCAAUGAAUUUAAUGCUCGGAAGCUAGAUGAAUUCAAUGUAUUCGAAGGAGUUACUAAAAACUAUCUUUUCAUGGGGAUAGUAGGAGCAACUGUUGUGCUUCAGGUUAUUAUCAUCGAGUUUCUUGGGAAGUUUACCUCGACAGUAAGAUUGAAUUGGUCAAAGUGGCUGAUCUCCAUCAUUAUUGGUUUCCUAAGUUGGCCCCUUGCUGCAAUUGGGAAACUGAUACCUGUUCCAGAAACUCCCUUCAUUUUGCCUUUCAAAAGAUUACGUCGGCCAAAAACUUCUCGAAGUUAGAAAAUGAUAACACUGGUCUAAAUUGGAUGGAACAUACUCCACCAAAAAAAUUUGGGUGCAUCCGAGAUGAAGCAGCGCAAGAUUGUUGAGAAGAAUAAAUAAGAGUUGUCAGUCUUGAGUUAGACAAAUGGAGCUGUGGGAGCUUUGUUUCUUUGUGGCCUUCUCGGGCUUUUCACAUCAUAAGAGCAUUCCUAAUGAGGGACUUGAAGUUUAGCGAAAAAAUCUAUUUUUGUUAUUUUCGCUAGCCACUUCCAAAAGGCACCAAACAUCAAACUCUUUACAUAUUUCUGUACUUUAUUUAAAUGUUCUUUUUAGUAAGUUUUAGGCCAACCACUUCAACUGUCAUGAAAGAUUGCAGAUGCCGAUGGCAGAUUGCAGAGUUUGGCCCUCUUCGGACUUCUAAAGAUUUCAAACAAUUGAAUGCAAAUACCAAUAUACAAAAAGUGUUAUUUGUACACACACUCACAUUGGCCCUC